CAGCAGCUGGUGCAGCCGAGGAGGUUACUUUGUUACAGCGGAGCCACCGGGGAGAAAACGGCCGAGCUAAAUCUGUCGGAAAAGUGUAAACAGUUGGGGGGAAACGGCGCGACCAAACGCCUGUUGCCGGUUCUUGAUGGUGGCAGGUGUUUCAUGAACUUGUCAGCGGAUUUGAACGUUGCCUUUUCGCCGAGAAAAAUAGGUCUUUCUCAAAGUUGAGCCGAAGAGGAGUUCUCUCGUUCAGGAUGUCGGACUGAGACAAAGGGGUCUGGGGGGCAAUCCCGUCGGAGCGCAGGUAAAACUUGAUUCUUGAAGUCUCCUCUGGAUGGGAAAGAUGGAGAGGGAGUUGCAAUGGUGGAAAGGACAGCUAGCUGCAGAUAUCCAUCAGUCCCUCCGCAUCAAGGAGCUGAAGCUACCAGUCUACCGGGCCCACUCCCCGCAGAUUGGCAUGCGACGGUACUUUGCAGACUUGUUGGCCAUCUUGAGUAAUCGCUACCAGCUAUGUCCUACAGCGCGUCACCUAGCCGUCUACCUGCUGGACUUGUUCAUGGACCACUAUGAUGUGGCUGUCAAGCAGCUCUAUGUCAUUGCCCUCUCCUGUUUGCUUCUAGCUAGUAAAUUUGAGGAGAAGGAGGACCGCGUUCCCAAACUGGAGCAGCUGAACUCUCUGGGCUUUAUGUGCAGCCUCAACCUGGUUCUCAACAAGAAGGAUCUGAUCAAAAUGGAGCUUCUGCUGCUGGAGACCUUUGGCUGGAAUCUGUGCAUGCCCACACCUGCCCACUUUAUUGACUACUACCUCCAUGCCUCGGUGCAGGAGGGCGACCUAUACAACGGCUGGCCCCUUUCCUCCCUCUCCAAGACCAAGGCUUUCAUGGACAAAUACACUCACUACUUUCUGGAAGUCUCACUGCAAGACCACGCCUUCCUGAGUUUCCGACCAUCCCAGGUUGCUGCUGCGUGUGUGGCAGCAUCUCGUAUUUGCCUUCAGAUUUCCCCAAGCUGGACGACCGCUCUGCAUCUACUAACAGGCUACACCUGGGACCACCUCACUCAGUGCAUUGAACUCAUGCUGCUUGCUCAUGACAACGACGUUAAGGAGGCCAACAAGACCAAAUCCACUCCUCCUCACCGACCCUCCUCUCUGCAGUCUCAGCCCCAGACCUCUCACCUCUCUCCAGCGUCAGCCAUCCAGAGACCAGCCUCUUCCUCCUCCUCCUCCACCUCCUCCACACCGCAGCUGCUCUUUCAGCCGGACAUCUUCCCACACCUUUCCCAGCAUUCCCCGUCCCUGUCCCAGCUGCAGGCACUAGCUGACGCCCAGGCUUUGGGGCCUGUGGUGAACAUGUCUCAGGACUUCCUUCAAAGCCACAGGAUGGGUCUCCUAACUGGGGCUCCUUCCAUUACUCCUGGGGGUGGGUUCCCCUCCUACCCAAGCCUGACCUCUGGUCUCCAGCCGGGGGCUCGCGCACUGCCGCUCCAGGGCCCCAUUUCUGUACAGAUGGCCCUCGCUGGAGAGCCGCGCCACUGUCUGAGUAUGGCCUACAGCGGGGGCUACCUGGGGGCUCAUCACACUUUCACAGCGGGCUGCUUUGACAGGUGACGCCAGGAGACGGAGAGGGAACACAAACCCCUGCGGGAGUGCACUGCUAUACUUCCGUCCCAAGUCCCUACCCCGAAAUAUCCUUUUGCAGACCUCCUCUCUCUCUCCGUCAGCUCCGCAACACCUUCAGCUUGUCCAGCUGCCCCGUCCCUCUCACAGAGACACCUCAAACGCAAGCAGAGGUCUAAAGACAAGACAGACCCGGUGGAAGUCAUCACACUGACGUGACAAAUGCUCCACGGACUCAUGAAAUACAGAGGCAUUGCAAAAAGGUUGUUGCCAUAUUCUGGUUUUAUAAAUCUUAUAAAAUUACGAGACUGUCAUCACUGUGAAUGAGAUGAACGCAACCGUGUGAUCUAACACCCACCUCAUUGAGUGCCUGUUCACAGUUGUGUGAUAGCUGAGCCAAUUUUAGAAGUGCACAGAACACAAAGUAUCUGUGAUAAGGAUUUCUUGCUGCUUGACAUAAUUUUUUUAUUUCUAAUUACAAAAAUGUAACACCUUUUUUAGAAAGGAAAAAUUGGCUGGUAUUAUUUCUUGAGCCACCAUUUGAGAGAGAAGGAAGUAGAAAUAGAGGCUUGUUGCUGACUUGGCAGUAACCAAAGAGGCUGUGCAUAUCAAUGCAAAUCUUUGGUUGUGUCUCCUGAACGUUAGCGAACAUUGAUCUAACUCCUGUAGUCUCUGUUAGAGCUGAAGGGCCCCUCUGGGAAUUCCUCACCACAUAAGCCCUCAGAGAGGACGAAGAAUUCAUUGUUUUGAGCACAGCAGGUGAAGUCCACAGCUCGAACACGCCUGCAGUGUUUGUUUGUUUUUUUCUUUCCUCCUCUUGGUGUCCUCAUCAUCUUUUCUCUCUCAUCUCCAAAGUUGAGCCUUGUGGCAGAGCCGUCAUGCACCCGGGUGAAAAUGUGGCUCUCUGGCAGCUGCAGGCUUUGUCAUACUAAAGUUUUAAUUUCAGUGACUCCGGCACCACUCAAAGAAUUAAUCACAAACUGAUGUGACUGGACCAGCAUGGUGAAGGAGACGUGGACGUUGGUUGUGUAUUGUACAUAUGAAUUGCUGCUGCCUUCUUAUGAACUGUUGGUUCUGUGUCUGUGUUAAUGACUCCAAUGUUUACAUGAACCACUAAGUAUCAGGGACUUGAACAAGAUUACUUGAAUAUGAUGCCAUUGAAACAUACCAUAGCUUUUUAUUUAUAAUGACUCUUGUUUUUUUUCCCGUGUUCUUGAUUUUUUUUAAUUUCAUAUUUGUUUGAUAUAGUGUAGCUUUUUAUACCAGCUUAGAAACACACCAUUGAUUUAAUUAUAGUUUUCUUUGUACCUGUUCAUAGAAACUGUAUAUUCAGGCUCAGGUUUCAAGGCUGAAACUAGCAGCCUUCCCAUUAUUCUGUGCUAUUAUGCUUUAAAGCGGAUGCUAAUGCAGCAUCUGUAGGGGCUGGAAUAUUCCCUUUCUUCAUCACUGGACCAUACUCUGCUUACAAGUCAGUAACUGAAUGCAUGAAACGGUCUGUUUGCAUGGCGUGGUCACUGGUUUCACACACAAACAUCUGUAGUCAGUCGACUGUAAUUGCUUCCCAGACUUCUAAAGCUGUAAUGCCCAAUCUUCCACUUCCUGUUAAAGUAUAAACACAUCCAGAUUCCCUGUGUUGGUCACAUGGGUUGCCCACUGGUUAUCAUGGUGAUACCUUAAAUGGCCGUGGACCCCAAGUUCUGGGAUGUUGUUGACUGAAUUAGGGCUGCAACUAACGAUUAUUUUCAUUACUGAUUAAUCCAUUGAUUAUUUUCCUGAUUAAUCGUUUUGUCUAAAAAAAAAUAUAAUAAAAGACAGGGAAUAGUGGAAAAUGUCAGUUAUAUUUCCCACAACUCAAGGUGACGUAUUCAAAUUACAUCAAAUUAAAAUUAAAAUAGUUUUAUUUGACCAGCAGUCCAAAACCCAAAGAUAUUCAGUUCACUAUUAUUUAUUUUUGCUUGAAAAUUUACUAAAACGAUGACUUUUGAUGACUGAUCAAUUAAUCUGUCCACCAAUCAUUGCAGCUCUACUGUGGACCCCAACUCCUGAGAUGUGGACUGAACUGAAACCAAUAGCAGCUCAGUGUUGUGGAAAAUUGUGAGCUUCUUUUGGAGGAAUUUAUUAAUAACUUACUAUUUCUCACCUGAACCUCGAUUUGCGUGUAGUUUGAAAGUUCUGACUUCAAACUUAAAACUGUUCUGCUGUGGACGUUGGACAUCUUACCAUGUCGUGCCUUUGUCCUCAGCAUGUUGCUGUGCUUGAGCUGUGAACCUUAAAUUCAUAGUCAGACGUGCAUUUCUCGGAUAACACUACAUGAAGCCUUCUGAAACUGCAACACACAUAAAUCACCAAACCUAUUACAACUAGACAUCUGUUUGUUUCCCCCUUUCAGUGAUAUCAACUUUGUUUUAAUUUUUUAUGUACAGUUUUGUUAUAUAAAUAUUUUUUACAUUCCCUUUCAGUGUAUUUUAGUUAAAGCUUGUUGUGAUUAUCCUGUUGAAUGCUGUUGGUGUGAACUAGCUUUUCCCUUAUUUUUUUUUUUUUUUGGAGUUCAACUUGCUCUUUUCCUCAUAAUUCAUGAGCAACUUUUCACUGAGGUGUCAAAGGUGCAAUAUGUUGUUUUUCUGUUGAAACUGACCACAGCCAUCACUGUCUCGUGUACACCACUGGUUCAUCUUUUGUAACUUAUUUUUGAUAAUUGUGUGAUUUGACUUGCUGUAGCUUCCUCUAGAGGGCAGUGGGCUCUGAACACAAUGAAUAUGUUGCACAUUGCAGCCACCUCCUUUGAGUGAUAGAAAUUACUGAAUGCUUUUGUCUUUUAGCUAGAGAUUUACCAUUCCCUCCCGUGAAAGGUGCUGAUGUCACUCACACCAAACAACACUUGUCUAAUGUGAUAGUAACAAAAUGACACCACAAACUUCCAACUUAUAUUUUUGUAUUAUUUUGUACCAAUUUGUAGUUUUGGUUUAUGUGACACUGGAUGAUAGAAGGGAUUCUUUUAUCAUAAUGUGCCAUGGAAAAAUAAACUCACAAGUGAACUGAG